CCAGUUCAUGAUACGAGCACGAGUGUAUAGUUGCGUGCAAACGAUCAAACUAAUAAGGUACAAGAACUCGAUCAAUUAGAAACUCAAUCUAAACCUACUCAUUGAUUCAUUUGAAGAAUAUAAUAUAUUUGUUCAACUCACAUAAUUUAAAUUUAAAGGUGUUGGCAUGGAACGCGUCAGUCAGCAKCAGCAGCAGCAACAGUGCGUCAAGAGAAGAGAAGUUCCGAUCGCGAUGACGGUUGACGACGACGGCGACAACGUGCGACAACAGCCGAUGCCGUGGCCGACGAAGAGGCCGUGCACCAGGACGACGCUGCACGAGCAAGUGCAACGGAACGACGACGGCGAAGACUGCGGCUCGACCGUGCGGGCCAUAAGGGGCUACUGCCGGAAACGGAACAUGCCGUCGGACGUUUACCGGCCGGUGGUGCAGCCGGACGCUGACCGGUGCAGCGGUGGCAAGUUCCGGCUGACCGAUCUGAUCGACGAGCUGCACAGGGUGUUUGCCGAGGACCGCGUCAACGUCGAGUACGUGCAGUACCUGAUGGAGUCGUACCGGAGCGACCCGGCCGAGUGGCUCAAGUACGCCAAGUUCAACAAGUUCCGGUAUACCAGGAACCUGGUGGACGCGGGAAACGGCAAGUUUAACCUGAUGGUGUUGUGCUGGGGCGAGGGCGACGGUUCGUCCAUACACAACCACCCGCAGUCGGAUUGCAUAAUGAAAAUUCUCGCCGGACAGCUGACCGAAGUGAGGUUUGCAUGGCCCGAGAGGUCCGACGRCGGCGGCGGCGACGUAGACGAAGACGAUCAACGGCUCCAGCCCAUGUGCGAAAUAGGACGGACGCUCCUGGAAACGGAAAGCGUGUGCCACAUAAACGAUGCGAUGGGACUACACCGCGUAGAAAACGCCAGUCACACAGACAAGGCUGUAAGUCUGCACUUGUACUGUCCGCCAUUCGAAGAGUGCUCCACGUUCAACCAGCAAACAGGUCACAAAACGAUAGCUAAAUCAGCGUUUUGGUCCAUUUACGGCGAAAAAGUUUCCAAGAAACGUGCUGAAGAACAUGUACCUACAGAUGAUAAUUAAGUUUGAGUUGAAAAAAUAAUCAUAUAUAUUAUGAUACCUUUUAUUUUUAUUUAGACGGCGAAUUACCAAUUAUACUAUCAUAUCGCAAUACUAUAGUUAUUUCAAUGAUAAAUAUUGUUAUUAUUUACAACAUUUUUUCUGAAAUUGUGUGCCAUGUUAGAUAUGAUAUAUUAUACAUAAUAAUUAUUAUCGGUUAACGAUAUUGUAUUU